AUGAUCGUCGAAGAAUUAAGAUCUAUAUUUUCUAAUGAUAAAAGUAAUAUUAAAUUUGAUUUCGAAGGAUUUGUUAAGACUGAAUUAGGAUUAGUUCUUGAUAAGACACCAAAAUCACAAUCACAACGAAAACAACAAAUCUACAAUAAUGAAGUUUGUCAAGAUUUUCUUCGAGGUAUAUGUAAACGUGGAUCAUUUUGUCGUUACGUUCAUUCCACCAAGAAAUUGGUAGUUUGUAAACAUUGGUUAAGAGGUCUUUGUAUGAAAGGAGAUGAACAAUGUGAAUUUUUACAUGAAUAUAAUUUAAAGAAAGUUCCUAAAUGUAUUUAUUAUAUGUUAUUCGGAGAAUGUAUGACACCCGAUUGUAUUUAUUCUCAUGAAGAUGAGAUAUGUGACGAUUAUUUACAUGGAUUUUGUAUUAAAGUACUAACUCAUAUACGUUGCAGUUUGCCUCUCCAGAUCAGCUCAAAAGUCGAGAAAGAAGCUUAUAAUGUAUUUCUUGACCAAAACGAGUCAACUGGAUGUAGAUUUCUCUGUAAAACAAAAAAUGUCUUGAUUGGCGAUAUGACAUAUCCUGUACAUCAAAGUGUUGUUUUUCGUUUAAUUAAAUACUUUGAAGUUUCCAGAGGUGGUGUAGAUGAUGAUCCAAAUGGUGGUAUCAAUAAUGGUCCACCAAUAGAUUUUGCAUUUCAAUCAUAUAAGAAAAUAUACUCUAGUUCUACUUGA